GGAGCAGAACUAGUUUUGGGGAGGAGAAGGUGGCAGCUUGCCUGGUGGAGAAUCACGCACAGUUCUCUGGCGCAAACGAAGGCCGUCCCAUUUACUCGGGAGUAACAUAAAGAGAAACCUGCAAGAGAUCUGGCAAGAUGGUUGCUCUGUCCUUGAAGAUCUGCAUUCGCCAGUGCAAUGUGGUCAAGACGAUGCAGUUUGAGCCCUCCACGGCUGUGUAUGACGCCUGCCGCGUUAUUCGUGAGCGAGUGCCAGAGGCUCAAACUGGACAAGCCUCUGACUAUGGGUUAUUCCUGUCCGAUGAAGAUCCACGGAAAGGCAUUUGGCUGGAAGCCGGGAGGACCCUCGAUUACUACAUGCUGCGGAAUGGGGAUAUCUUGGAAUACAAGAAGAAGCAAAGGCCGCAGAAGAUCCGGAUGCUGGACGGGUCGGUAAAGACGGUGAUGGUGGACGACUCUAAAACCGUGGGAGAAUUGCUGGUGACCAUUUGCAGCCGGAUAGGAAUAACCAACUACGAAGAAUACUCCUUAAUCCAGGAAAGCAACGAAGAAAAGAAAGAGGAGGGCACAGGGACCCUGAAGAAAGAUCGGACGCUGCUGCGAGAUGAAAAAAAAAUGGAGAAAUUAAAGGCAAAGCUGCACACGGAUGAUGACUUAAACUGGUUAGAUCACAGUCGAACGUUUCGGGAGCAAGGAGUGGACGAGAACGAGACGCUGCUGCUGAGACGCAAAUUCUUCUAUUCGGACCAGAAUGUGGACUCGAGAGACCCUGUUCAACUAAAUCUGCUUUAUGUUCAGGCUCGUGAUGAUAUUCUGAAUGGUUCCCAUCCGGUGUCGUUUGAGAAAGCGUGUGAAUUUGGAGGUUUCCAAGCGCAGAUCCAGUUUGGGCCUCAUGUUGAGCACAAGCACAAACCUGGAUUUUUAGACCUAAAAGAAUUCCUUCCGAAAGAAUACAUCAAGCAAAGAGGAGCUGAAAAGAGGAUAUUUCAGGAACACAAAAACUGCGGGGAGAUGACAGAAAUUGAAGCUAAAGUGAAAUACGUGAAGUUGGCUCGGUCUCUGAGGACGUACGGAGUGUCUUUUUUCCUUGUUAAGGAGAAAAUGAAGGGGAAGAACAAGCUGGUCCCUCGUCUGCUGGGCAUCACGAAGGAGUCAGUGAUGCGUGUGGAUGAAAAGACCAAGGAGGUCCUCCAGGAGUGGCCGCUGACCACUGUCAAGCGCUGGGCAGCCUCGCCAAAAAGCUUCACUCUGGAUUUUGGGGAGUAUCAAGAAAGUUACUACUCGGUGCAAACCACUGAAGGGGAGCAGAUCUCUCAACUAAUUGCAGGUUACAUUGAUAUCAUCCUCAAGAAGAAGCAAAGUAAGGACCGUUUUGGACUGGAAGGGGAUGAGGAAUCCACAAUGUUGGAAGAAUCUGUAUCGCCUAAAAAAUCGACAAUCUUGCAGCAGCAGUUCAACCGAACGGGGAAAGUAGAGCAUGGCUCUGUCGCCCUGCCAGCUGUCAUGCGUUCAGGCUCCACGGGGCCAGAGACCUUCAACGUUGGCAGCAUGCCUUCUCCGCAGCAGCAGGUGACCGUUGGCCAAAUGCACAGAGGGCACAUGCCUCCCUUGACCUCUGCCCAGCAGGCCCUGAUGGGAACCAUCAACACCAGCAUGCAUGCGGUUCAGCAGGCCCAGGCCGACCUGACCGAAGUGGACAGCCUCCCGCCGUUAGGAAACGACAUGGCUUCCAGAGUUUGGGUUCAGAACAAAGUGGAUGAAUCCAAACAUGAAAUACACUCUCAGGUUGAUGCCAUCACUGCAGGAACAGCUUCUGUUGUGAACCUUACAGCGGGUGACCCAGUUGACACGGACUACACUGCUGUGGGGUGUGCGAUCACCACCAUCUCUUCAAACCUCACUGAGAUGUCCAAAGGAGUCAAGCUUCUUGCUGCACUAAUGGAUGAUGACGUUGGAAGUGGGGAGGACCUAUUGAAAGCCGCCCGCACCCUUGCAGGAGCUGUGUCGGACUUGCUGAAGGCUGUGGAGCCAACGUCAGGAGAGCCCCGCCAGACGGUCUUGACAGCAGCCGGGAGCAUCGGGCAAGCCAGCGGCGAGCUUCUCAGACAGAUCGGAGAAAAUGAAACCGAUGAACGAUUCCAGGAUGUGUUGAUGAGUCUUGCCAAAGCAGUUGCCAAUGCCGCCGCCAUGUUGGUGCUGAAGGCCAAGAAUGUGGCCCAAGUGGCCGAAGACGCGGUUCUGCAGAACAGGGUGAUCGCUGCUGCCACGCAGUGUGCCCUCUCCACUUCUCAACUGGUGGCCUGUGCGAAGGUCGUGAGCCCUACCAUCAGCUCCCCUGUGUGUCAGGAGCAGCUGAUAGAGGCCGGGAAGCUGGUCGAUCGUUCUGUGGAGAACUGUGUCCGAGCCUGCCAGGCGGCCACAGACGACUCCGAGCUGCUCAAGCAAGUCAGCGCAGCCGCCAGCGUGGUGAGCCAGGCCUUGAACGAUCUCCUGCAGCACGUCCGCCAGUUCGCCAGCCGGGGGGAGCCCAUUGGGCGCUACGACCAGGCCACCGACACCAUCAUGUGUGUCACCGAGAGCAUCUUCAGUUCCAUGGGGGACGCUGUAGGUGAAAUGGUACGGCAGGCCAGGGUCCUCGCUCAAGCCACUUCGGAUCUCGUGAACGCCAUGAGGUCGGAUGCUGAGGCAGAGAUAGACAUGGAAAACUCCAAGAAACUUCUGGCAGCUGCGAAACUUCUGGCUGACUCAACAGCCCGGAUGGUUGAAGCUGCAAAGGGAGCUGCAGCAAACCCAGACAAUGAGGACCAGCAGCAGAGGCUUCGCGAAGCAGCUGAAGGUCUGCGAGUGGCCACCAAUGCAGCCGCUCAAAAUGCCAUCAAGAAGAAAAUCGUAAACAGAUUAGAGGUUGCUGCUAAGCAAGCAGCAGCAGCUGCAACUCAGACCAUUGCAGCCUCACAGAACGCAGCCAUUUCAAAUAAGAACACAGCAGCCCACCAGCAUCUUGUCCAGAGCUGUAAGAAUGUUGCAGAUCACAUUCCACAGCUUGUCCAGGGAGUGCGCGGAAGCCAGGCCCAGGCAGAGGACUUGAGUGCUCAACUUGCACUGAUAAACUCCAGCCAAAUCUUCCUCCAGCCGGGGAGCAAAAUGGUGGCCUCUGCUAAAGCAGCCGUGCCUACAGUGGGAGACCAGGCUGCGGCGAUGCAAUUGAGCCAGUGCGCCAAGAAUCUUGCCACCAGCCUUGCCGAGCUAAGGACUGCCUCCCAAAAGGCGCAUGAAGCCUGUGGACCCAUGGAAAUCGACUCUGCUUUAAACACUGUUCAAACUCUCAAAAAUGAGCUUCAGGAUGCAAAGAUGGCAGCCAUUGACGGGCAGUUGAAACCACUUCCAGGAGAAACGCUUGAAAAAUGUGCUCAGGACCUGGGAAGCACCUCCAAAGCAGUCGGUUCUUCAAUGGCCCAACUGCUGACUUGUGCAGCACAAGGCAAUGAACACUAUACAGGGGUUGCUGCCAGGGAGACGGCACAUGCCUUGAAGACUUUGGCUCAGGCGGCCCGAGGUGUUUCCGCAUCCACCAGUGACCCAGCAGCAGCCCACGCCAUGUUGGACUCGGCGCGGGAUGUCAUGGAAGGCUCAGCAAUGCUCAUCCAGGAAGCAAAGCAGGCUUUGGUGGCUCCUGGCGAUGCAGAAAGCCAACAGAGGCUGGCCCAGGUGGCCAAAGCUGUCUCCCAUUCUUUGAACAACUGUGUGAACUGCCUUCCUGGCCAAAAGGAUGUGGAUGUAGCGUUGAAGAGCAUUGGUGAAUCCAGCAAAAAAUUGCUUGUGGAAUCGCUGCCUCCCAGUUCAAAAUCAUUCCAAGAAGCACAGAGUGAACUCAACCAGGCCGCAGCUGACCUGAACCAGUCAGCGGGGGAGGUUGUCCAUGCCACGCGGGGCCAGAGCGGGGAGCUGGCAGCUGCUUCCGGAAAAUUCAGUGAAGACUUUGACGAGUUCCUGGAUGCUGGGAUUGAAAUGGCUGGGCAAGCUCAGACAAAGGAGGACCAAAUUCAAGUCAUUGGGAACCUCAAGAACAUCUCCAUGGCUUCCAGCAAGUUGCUUCUGGCUGCCAAGUCUCUCUCGGUGGAUCCCGGUGCUCCCAAUGCCAAGAACCUCUUGGCAGCGGCUGCAAGGGCUGUGACUGAGAGUAUAAAUCAGCUCAUCACUUUGUGUACUCAGCAAGCGCCGGGCCAAAAAGAGUGUGACAACGCUCUCCGGGAACUGGAGACGGUUAAAGAAAUGCUGGAAAACCCCAACGAACCUGUUAGCGACCUCUCUUAUUUUGACUGCAUUGAAGGUGUUAUGGAAAACUCCAAGGUUCUGGGAGAGGCGAUGGCUGGAAUUUCCCAGAAUGCCAAGACGGGGGACCUUCCAGUCUUUGGCGAGUGUGUUGGGGUGGCUUCCAAGGCCCUUUGUGGCCUCACUGAAGCAGCAGCUCAGGCCGCUUACCUGGUUGGCAUCUCGGAUCCCAACAGCCAGGCGGGUCAGCAGGGGCUUGUUGAUCCUAUCCAGUUUGCCAGGGCCAAUCAAGCUAUCCAAAUGGCAUGUCAGAACUUGGUGGACCCAGGAAGCAGCCCAUCCCAGGUCUUAUCAGCAGCUACCAUUGUGGCAAAGCACACUUCUGCGCUGUGUAAUGCCUGCCGCAUUGCUUCGUCCAAGACAGCCAAUCCUGUUGCAAAGAGGCACUUUGUCCAGUCGGCAAAGGAAGUGGCAAACAGCACUGCCAACCUGGUUAAGACCAUCAAGGCCUUGGAUGGUGACUUCUCAGAAGAUAACCGAAAUAAGUGCCGGAUUGCAACUGCUCCCUUGAUUGAAGCUGUGGAAAACCUAACAGCCUUUGCAUCAAACCCUGAGUUUGUCAGCAUCCCGGCCCAGAUCAGUACUGAGGGUUCUCGGGCACAGGAACCAAUCCUGACUUCUGCCCGGACUAUGCUAGAGAGCUCGUCCUCUUUAAUCAAAACUGCUCGCUCACUGGCAAUCAACCCCAAAGACCCUCCCACGUGGUCCAUUCUCGCUGGGCACUCACACACCGUGUCCGAGUCCAUUAAGAGCCUCAUCACGUCCAUCAGAGACAAAGCCCCGGGCCAGCGGGAGUGUGAUUACUCCAUAGAUGGGAUCAAUAGAUGCAUCAGGGACAUUGAGCAGGCCUCACUUGCAGCUGUCAGUCAGAACUUGGCCACGAGGGAUGACAUUUCUGUUGAGGCCUUGCAGGAGCAGCUGACGUCAGUCGUCCAGGAAAUUGGCCAUCUGAUUGACCCCAUUGCUACAGCCGCUCGAGGCGAAGCCGCUCAGCUGGGCCACAAGGUGACGCAGGUAGCCAGCUACUUUGAACCGCUGGUUCUUGCUGCUGUCGGUGUGGUAUCCAAGUUGAUGAACCACCAGCAACAAAUGACCUUAUUGGACCAGACCAAGACUCUAGCAGAAUCUGCCCUCCAGAUGCUCUAUGCAGCCAAAGAAGGGGGAGGAAACCCCAAGGCUUCACACACUCACGAUGCCAUCACAGAAGCUGCCCAGCUGAUGAAGGAAGCAGUGGAUGAUAUCAUGGUUACCUUGAAUGAAGCUGCCAGCGAAGUAGGGAUGGUGGGCAACAUGGUGGACUCCAUAGCUGAAGCCAUGAGCAAGCUGGACGAGGGCACACCACCAGAACCCAAUGGAACUUACGUUGACUAUCAGACCACUGUAGUCAAAUACUCCAAAGCCAUUGCAGUGACAGCCCAAGAAAUGAUGACGAAGGCGGUUACCAAUCCAGAGGAGCUGGGAGGACUCGCUUCGCAAAUGACCACAGACUACAGUCACUUGGCGUUCCAGGGACGGAUGGCAGCUGCUACAGCAGAACCGGAGGAGAUAGGCUUCCAGAUCAGAACGCGGGUUCAGGAACUUGGCCACAGCUGCAUCUUCCUGGUCCAGAAGGCUGGUGCUCUACAGAUAUGUCCCACAGAUAGCUACACCAAGAGGGAGCUGAUAGAGUGUGCUCGGGCGGUCAGCGAGAAGGUGUCCUUAGUUCUGUCAGCCCUGCAGGCAGGCAACAAAGGCACCCAGGCGUGCAUCACCGCUGCCAGCGCCGUCUCAGGCAUCAUCGCUGACCUGGACACCACCAUCAUGUUCGCCACGGCUGGAACGCUGAAUGCUGAGAACAACGAAUCAUUUGCAGACCACAGGGAAAAUAUUCUGAAGACAGCAAAAGCUCUGGUUGAAGACACAAAGCUGUUGGUAUCUGGGGCUGCCUCAAGCCAGGAGAAGCUUGCUCAAGCAGCACAGUCAUCCGCAAGCACCAUCACUCAACUAGCCGAGGUUGUGAAACUGGGAGCAGCCAGCCUGGGAUCAGGUGACCCAGAAACACAGGUUGUGCUGAUCAAUGCUAUUAAGGAUGUGGCAAAGGCCUUGUCUGACCUCAUAGGCGCAACCAAAGGAGCCGCCAGCAAGCCUGCAGAUGAUCCAUCCAUGUACCAGCUCAAGGGAGCAGCAAAGGUAAUGGUAACAAACGUCACAUCACUCCUGAAGACUGUGAAAGCCGUAGAAGAUGAAGCUACGCGAGGGACAAGAGCGCUUGAGGCUACGAUUGAGUACAUCAAGCAAGAACUCACGGUGUUUCAGUCAAAAGAUAUUCCUGAAAAGAACUCAUCACCUGAAGAAUCGAUCCGGAUGACGAAAGGCAUCACCAUGGCGACAGCCAAAGCCGUAGCAGCUGGGAACUCAUGCCGACAGGAGGACGUGAUUGCCACAGCCAACCUGAGCCGCAAAGCUGUAGCUGACAUGCUGAUAGCUUGCAAGCAAGCUUCGUACCACCACGACGUAAGCGAAGAUGUCCGGACAAGAGCUCUCCACUACGGAACAGAGUGCACCCUGGGAUACCUGGAGCUGCUGGAACAUGUUCUCAUGAUUCUCCAGAAGCCCACCCCAGAACUGAAGCAUCAGUUGGCUGCCUUGUCAAAGAGGGUUGCUAGUGCUGUCACAGAGCUCAUACAGUCAGCCGAAGCAAUGAAAGGCACCGAAUGGGUGGAUCCAGAGGACCCCACAGUCAUUGCCGAGACAGAGUUGCUGGGAGCUGCUGCAUCGAUUGAAGCUGCUGCAAAGAAGUUGGAGCAGCUAAAGCCAAGAGCCAAGCCUAAGCAGGCGGACGAGACCCUGGAUUUUGAAGAGCAGAUCCUUGAAGCAGCUAAAUCCAUUGCAGCCGCCACCAGCGCGCUUGUCAAGUCCGCGUCUGCAGCUCAGAGGGAGCUGGUUGCCCAGGGCAAGGUUGGAGCCAUCCCUGCCAAUGCAGCUGAUGAUGGACAGUGGUCUCAGGGACUUAUUUCCGCCGCCCGAAUGGUGGCAGCUGCUACCAGCAACCUCUGUGAAGCGGCCAAUGCUUCAGUCCAAGGCCACGCCAGCGAGGAGAAACUGAUCUCCUCUGCCAAGCAAGUGGCAGCGUCCACAGCACAGUUGCUGGUGGCUUGUAAAGUGAAAGCAGAUCAGGACUCGGAGGCUAUGAGGAGGCUGCAGGCUGCAGGGAAUGCUGUCAAACGUGCAUCGGAUAAUCUGGUCAGGGCAGCCCAGAAGGCAGCGUUUGGUAAGGCUGACGAUGACGAUGUCGUGGUGAAAACAAAGUUUGUGGGAGGAAUUGCACAGAUCAUCGCAGCGCAGGAGGAGAUGCUGAAGAAGGAGCGGGAGCUGGAAGAGGCGAGGAAGAAGCUAGCCCAGAUUCGCCAGCAGCAAUACAAAUUUCUCCCUACUGAACUGCGGGAAGAUGAAGGCUAACGUUUCCCUGGUGGUUUUGCUUGAAAGAAACCUGAACUGAAGGGGUAGAAGAUGAAGAAACUACCAGGCACUUCCUGAAAUAGGUUUUGGGGCAGGAGAGAAGCAGAGGGGGGGCUGUUGUUUCUCGACUCUUCAGCUACGGUGCGCUGGUCAACCGACUGAUGGUACAGUGUUAUGGUCUCCCCCCCCACACCCUUACUUGCUGUAUCUCAGGAGAGAGAGCCUCACUUUUUUACACAAGGGGUUAUAAAGUCAGUAUUAUAUCAUAAUCAGAAGUUUUGAUCUAUUUAUUAUCCUCUUUGACUAGCGUUAAGGACUUUGGUAUUAUAAUAUGUAGGAAGACGGUGUUUAGAAGUCCAUGAUUCAAAUAAGCUACCCAAAUGAAACUGCUGGUGGGUUUUCUUCUUUUUCUUCUUCCUCUUUCUUUCUUUCUUUCUUUCUUUUUCUUGUGCCCUCUUUCCUUCCAAGACUGAGGCAGCAGCCAUGUCCCAGAGAAACCAGACAUUUGAAUGUGUUGGCUUCGUGGAGGGAAAGUAUUUGUCCUCUCCAGUGUCAUAUAGGGCUGGUUCGCUCUAAAUGUCGGGGGAACUUUCUCGGUAACUGUUUGCACUAGAAGUAUCAAUACUGGCACAUUGCCACGCGUCACCCCAUUCUUUGUACAGUGGUUUUUUCCCCCUUUGGGGGGUGGAUUCAGGUUUCUAGCCCACAAGGAAUUAGAAUAGUUAUCCUUUUGGGGGGAAUAAAGUAACCCAAGAAAGACAAACCGGCGUGCAUUUUUUAAAAAGUGCAGAGUAGCAGGUUCAUGAAGGGAAAUGCCUUUUUGUUUAAGUAUACCUCUUGCUUACAUCAGCCUUUGCUAACCUGUGGCCCUCUGGAUGUUUGAGACUACAAUUCCCAUCAGCCCUGGCCAGUACCAGCCUGUUAAUACAAAACACAUCUCAAUCUUAAACUCAACAGCUUUUCUCUCUCAUUUUAGUGAAGAACUGGCUUAUAUUAUGAAUUUGUGCUUAAGCAUCGCUAGAUGUGAUCCAUGAGGUGUAAUAUCAGAGAGGAUGCUACCUAGCAGACCACUGCCCCACAUUGCCCCCAAGCAGCCAUAUAGGUUUUCUGGGAUUUCUGCUACCACCUGAGUUCAAAAAGGAGGAGUCCAUGAGGACCAGUGGCUUGUACUUCCAUUUAUCCUUUUUCUGUGGAAUCUCUCCUACCCACUGCCCCCUCCCCCAUACUUUUACAAAUGUUACAUUUUGCAGGGGGAAUCAAAAGCUGCUUUUAUCAACUGUGAAGAAAAAUAUCUGGAAAUUUAACGGCUGGCCAGUAAAACAGUAUUUUUCUGGGAGAUGAUCGUUGUGUUGCUAUCCAAGGAACAGCAUUCUAGAAAAAAUAAACUUAAGAAAAUGCUGUUUCAAAGGUAUUGCAAUGUUCUUCACCCGAUGCGGCAUAAAUCCUCAGACAAGAUACCAUUACAAUGUUAUGUUUCUCAUACAAACAGACUUUGCCACAUAACUGAAAAUGGGGAAACUAAACUGGAGGUUGUGAAUCAUCAUAAUUAUCUAUCAUGCUCAGACUGCGGCAAAAAUCUUCAGAACAAGCCUCCCAGUCUACUGGCUGGAAAAUAAUUUCCUUCCCAAGUCCUCCUGAAUGCCAUGAAAUUAGCUCACCUGCUCCAAAUUGCACCAACCAGGCUUCCUGGCUUAGUUACACUUUUUGCAGAAAUAAUGCUCUCCGAACGCAGUUGAAAUCUUGUGCAAGCCUUGGGCGCCAGGUGUGAUAUGCAAAGCUCCAGCGGAGGCCUUGCCUGCCUGUGGUGGGAUGCAGGCUGGGCCUGAAGACAUGGGGGUUGUGUUGCCUGGUUCACAGAAAGCUCUGGAAAGAAAUGGUAGAGCUGCCUGGGGACAGGAUUAUUUCAGGUGGGAAGUUGUGGGUAGGUGUCAGCCCCAUGAAGACUGUCGCUGACUAAGCAGGAAGAAAGCUAAAUGGGAGCUCUUCUUCCCCACCCUAAAAAAUGGCUUUCCAAAUCCAGAGAAGUGAGUGGUGGUUUUCUUUUUAUUUUUUCCUUAAUAUAGACUGUUCCUCCAAAUGCAGCCUUAUUAGCUACAGCCCAUCAGAGCAUCUUUAUCAUCUUAUCACUCUCUUGGAAAUGGGUGCAUCAUGUUUCAUUUAUUGUUCCCCGAGGGCUGAACAAAUGACUGUGGGACAAGCAGGAAAUUGAUUUGUUGGUGGUGUAAUGCAAAAGAGGGCCUAAUGUUUACCUUCCAAAUCCACAGUCUACUUCAGGCCUUGACAGGAUUCUAGUUGCCAACAACUUGCUGUAAGGCUAGGCUAUAAUUUAUGGUACAAAUUUAGCCUCUCCUUAGGAAAUGUCAUUGUGCCAGCAGUUGUUUUUUUAAAGACUUUGUCUCGUCUCUGAUGCUGAAGCAUUUUAAGGUCUGCAGAAUCCUUGGCAAAUAUAGAAAACUUUAGCAAAGUUUGGGGUACUGGCAGAAUUGGACCCCUUUUUGAGGGAGGUCCCACUGUCAGUCUCUGAAGGCUUUGUACAGGGCAAUGUAUUCUAAAACGUUAUUGAAAGUCUGCAACAGAUUGAGUGCAUUUCAUAAUUCGUUCUGUGAGAUUAAUUCCUUUCCAUAAUUUAUUCCAUUUCUCCAAAUCAUGGAGGAGGGUCCAAGAACUCUGUGGAACAUCAUUGUUACACUCCCAGUCACUGAGAAGCUUAUUCAGCUGCCCUCGCCUCCUCUGCAGCUUCUGAUGUUUCAGCAAACAUGGUCCAUACACUCCCAAUAAUAUUUUCUCAGGGCUGGAAACUUGCUUUUCUUAACAAUUGAAAGCUGAGGCUCUCAGAAUGCUGUUCAUUUGCCGCAGCGUGUUUAAAAUUUGAGGUGCAACCAUUCAAAAUGCAAUGUUUGGAGUGGGGGGAGUUGUUUUGACUUCAGCUUGCAGAAAUCAUGUUUAUGAAAGUGAGCAGAACCAGCACGAGUCAUUUUGGGCCUGUGGGAAGAAAACACCCAUUUCCCUCCAUGCAGGCAGGGCAAAGAAUCAGGCAGGUCGCCUGCACAAGCCCCACUGAAAUGAAGGGGAGACUUCAGAAAGGCUUGCGCAGGAGGAGAGCAUCUGUGUUGCUGUGCACAGAGGACCCUUUUGGGUCUCUGCCUCCAGCCCCCAAAUGCCUUGGACCAAGCAUAAAGCAAAGAGGUGGCCUUGACAUCAAGAGUUUUAACAUCCUUGGAUUUUAUCACCUGCAAUGGUAACAAGAAAGCGAAGCAGACUUGGAAAAUGUUCCACUAAAGAAGGGUGGUGCCCAUUUUCAUCCCAUCACCUGAUCUCCUAGCAUGGCUCUUCUUGGGCAAUUAAAUCCCCCCCCCAAAAAGUGCUCUAAGAAUCUCUAAAGAGAAUUGUGACGUGGCAAACGCCUGUUUUGCAACUGAGCAUCUUUCCAUGAGGAACCGCCUUUGCCUUUAAUGUCUCCCCAAGUCCUCCCCUGCCUCCAGUAAAUGCCCCAAAUCCAAGCCUCCCCCCUGCUCCCUUUGGAAGAGUGUUAAAUUUCUCAUUUGCAAACAAUUGGGAUUCAGGACUUGCUUGUCAGCCUUGUUUCUGUUCUUCAACAAAACCACUAUUGACAUUGCCAAACUCUGAAUGUUGGUGUGAGCACCGAAGAACUUCUGAAUGAUUCAGACACUUGUGUGGUGACAGAGACGAUGUGCUCCUGUUUGCAAGGUCGCCUGUGCAAGGAAAAGUACGAGAGGAGCGCACACUCCGUCUUGAUGUUACACUGUAUGUACACUAUUUAUCUGGCCCACAAAACUGUUUUGUAUUUACCAUAAAUAAAACUUUUGAUGGCA